GCCGGGAGGGAGGGGAGCGCCGCUGCGGUAGGGGGGCGCGCGCUCCGGAGCUGCUGCGCGAGGAGUCGGGGCCUGACGCCAGGACGAUCCCCGGUCGCCGGGCCCCGCGGAGCCGCCGUAGGAGGCCGCCGUCGGACGGCGAUGGGCGGGAGCCGGCGCCCGCCCGGGACCCACAGCGGCAGCCGGUGACAGACCCUGCUCCAUCCUCGGCUCCCAGGCGCACUCUCCUCUGACCCAUCACUGGCGAGCUGGUGGCCAGGCCAGGAGCCACCAUGAAUGAGGUGUCCGUCGUCAAAGAAGGCUGGCUCCACAAGAGAGGUGAAUACAUCAAGACCUGGCGACCUCGGUACUUCCUGUUAAAAAGUGAUGGGUCCUUCAUUGGGUACAAAGAGAGGCCGGAGGUCCCUGACCAGACUCUGCCCCCCUUAAAUAACUUUUCUGUAGGAGUUUGUUGGUUUAGAGCCCUCGCGGGGGCCCGUCUAUGGAGCCGUUCCCUUUCUGGCUCGGCCGGCCCUCGUUGGUCCCAUGCCCGACAUGCGGGUUCCACAGAGACUGUCCAGAGUGUUGGCUUCUCGCGGACAGGGAGUGUCAUUGCUGUGGAGCCGGCGCCUAGUGCAGUGCCUGGCACAGCCAUCGUGGGCAAUGAAGGGGCGGCCACCCUGGGAGGGGGCCUGGAGCCCAGGCUGGCCCUCUUCAUAAAUAGUCAGGACUCGGGCACUUCCCUUGGCUUCUGUGGAAGGGCUGGAGAUGACCUGGGGUCUCAUUUGGCUGGGCACUCCUCGUGGCGGCUCCGAGGCGGCCUGCAUGCAGCGUGUGACCGCUCCAAGCCACCGGCUCGGGCCGUGGGCAGCCCUGGCCUCAGAGGGCCAAUCCUUGGCCUAGAGGGCACACACAGUGAUUUCAGGAGAGGGAGGCUGCUGGCCGCCGGGGAGUCUGGGGAGGGUGGAGGCAAGGCAGAGAGCAGGCGUGGGGGACAGUCACACAAAGCGUGGAGGUGGGAGUGUGAGGGGGACGGGAUCCGCAGGCAGGAGAGGCCAGCCCUGCUCACGGCCCGGGGGCCUCUGUCUGUGCUGCUCAGGGAGGAGUGGAUGAGGGCCAUCCAGAUGGUGGCCAACAGCCUGAAGAACCAGGAGCCUGUGGAAGACUCGAUGGACUACAAAUGUGGCUCCCCUAGCGACCCCUCGGUGGCUGAGGAGAUGGAAGUGGCUGUCAGCAAAACGCGGACGAAGGCGACCAUGAACGACUUUGAUUAUCUCAAGCUUCUGGGCAAAGGCACCUUUGGCAAAGUCAUCCUGGUGCGGGAAAAGGCCACGGGGCGCUACUAUGCCAUGAAGAUCCUGAGGAAGGAGGUCAUCAUCGCCAAGGAUGAAGUUGCCCACACGGUCACCGAGAGUCGAGUCCUACAGAACACCAGGCACCCAUUUCUCACAGCACUAAAGUACGCCUUUCAGACGAACGACCGCCUGUGUUUUGUGAUGGAAUAUGCCAACGGUGGGGAGCUCUUCUUCCACCUGUCGAGAGAGCGUGUCUUCACAGAGGACAGAGCGCGGUUCUAUGGGGCCGAGAUCGUCUCUGCCUUGGAGUACUUGCACUCCAGGGACGUGGUCUACCGCGACAUCAAGCUGGAGAACCUCAUGCUGGACAAAGAUGGGCACAUCAAGAUCACCGACUUUGGCCUCUGCAAGGAGGGCAUCACGGACGGGGCCACCAUGAAGACCUUCUGCGGCACCCCGGAGUACCUGGCCCCUGAGGUGCUGGAGGACAACGACUAUGGGCGGGCCGUAGACUGGUGGGGGCUGGGCGUGGUGAUGUACGAGAUGACCUGUGGCCGGCUGCCCUUCUACAACCAGGACCAUGAGCGCCUCUUUGAGCUGAUCCUCAUGGAGGAGAUCCGCUUCCCUCGCACGCUGAGCCCUGAGGCCAAAUCCCUGCUGGCUGGGCUCCUGAAAAAGGACCCCAAGCAGAGGCUGGGCGGGGGGCCCCGGGACGCCAAGGAGGUCAUGGAGCACCGCUUCUUCUCCGCCAUCAAUUGGCAGGACGUCCUACAGAAGAAGCUUCUGCCCCCGUUUAAGCCCCAGGUUACGUCAGAGAUUGACACACGGUACUUUGAUGAUGAGUUCACGGCACAGUCCAUCACUAUCACCCCCCCAGACCGAUAUGACAGCAUGGGCUCCCUGGAGCCCGACCAGCGCACCCACUUCCCACAGUUCUCCUACUCGGCCAGCAUCCGGGAGUGACCUGCCCUGAGGAGCCCCUGUGGGCGGCUGCGAGGCCACAGGCUCCUCCUGCCCCUCCCCGGCUCCCUUUGCCUCUGGCCCCCCUCCCCCACACAUGCUUUUCUCUCCUCCCCACUCUCACCCCUGAGGGAGCCGGCCCUGCCUUUGUCCUCCUCGCCUGGCGGUCACUUGCUAGCCCCUGGCCGUGGGGAGAGAGCAGCCGCGAGCCCCCCGGGGCGCCUCGGGCUCGGGAAGCCCAGCUCUGCCAGCCUCGUGGCCUGAGGGGGCUCCUAGGUGCCCCGGCUGAUCGCUCUCCUCGGCAGUCAUGAGGGAGACGUGGCCGGCCCUGUCCCUCGGGCUGGGCAGCCAGGGGCUCUUGCCAGCCCUCCGGGGGAAGCUUCAAUCGCCCGGGACUCAUGGGAGCACGGGGCUUUUCCUCUGGACCGAGCAGCGCCGGCCCCUCCUCGGGCCUCGAUCCCCGAACUGGCUCCGCCCUUGGACCUUGCGGGGAGCCCGGAGGAUGCCCGGCUGUGGCCCCCCCCCCAGCAAC